AUGCGCACCGCCAGCACCGUGUAUGCCGUCCUGACUGCUGCCGCCGUCGCCGUCGCCCAGGCCGCAGAUGCUUCCGACACGGAGGGCGUCCCGGCGGGAGCCGUCCUCUCGACAGACGGCAUCUUGACCGGCGUCGCGCGCUCUACCGAGAGUGUCCUGACCGGAGUCACCCGCGAGACCUCCGAGACCAUCUUGACGGGCGCCACGCGCGAAACCUCUGUCCCAGCUUCCACCGAGGGCAUCCCGACCGGCGCCACCCGAGAGACGUCCGUCCCGGCUUCGACGGGAAGCAUCCUGACGGGCGUCACCCUCGAGACCUCCAUUCCCGCCAACACCAGCGCCGUCGGCCCUACCGGCACACAGACGGGCGCCCCUGUCGCUGGCGCUGCCUCAAGCUCGCGAAACCCCUGGCUGGUUCUUGGCACUGCUAUUCUCGUGGCUGCGCUGGCUCUCUAG